UUUUUUUUUUACAUAGUGGAAAGAAAAAGACAAUCUGAAAAGGGCAUUCUUUUCCAGGUGUAAUGGAUGUGGGAGAUGGUUGUUCUCGGGCUAUCUGCUGUGUGUCACUUUAGUAGGGAAACCUGGUUAAUUGGCACUUUAUGGAACUUUGUCCUUGUAUUUUUAGGAAUGAUUGCAAAUCCUUUUAAUAGAUAAGGUGUAUAUUGAUUCAGUUUAUCUCCUAGUAGGUUUUUCUGCUAGUACUAGCAUAUGUACUUCUAGCAUAAGUAUGUCCCUUUUAGGAGUAUGCCUCGGAAGAAGUACACUGAUGGCUGCGAGGUCCCCAUGCUAGCAGAUCUGCAACAACUGUUUGUUUUGUGCCUGUUGAUUUUGAUCAGCUCACAUUCACCUCUGCAGUGGUAGAAGGGUCUGGAAUCUAGCAGCUGGGUCCUGGGUCCUUGGGGCAGGGUAUCAGUUUGAAAGGUGCUGCAGUACUUUAAGUCCAACCUCAUCUUCUUAUUGGAACUGCAGGCUGGGGCUCUGUAGGUUGUGGUGUGGGACCCCAGGCUUCCCAAGCUACAUGUUCUCCAGCUCUUUUCCUUCCCCACAGUGGUGCCCAUUUUGCACACCUUUCCACCUAAGCUCUGGUCUAGUGCUAUUAUUUACCCCUCUGGUAAUAACAUGAUGGUCAGAGUUGUAUAAAAUGUAUAAAAGCUUAAAUCUAAGAUGGAUAAAAAUAGCAGGAUGAUUUCCUGUUAAACAAAAGUAAAAUACCAAUAGUAAUUUGGUAUAUGUUUUAAUUACCAGUUAAUUGUGACAUCAGGCUCUUGAUACUGUACUGAAUGCAUUGCAGUAAUGAAAUGUGGAAGUUCAGGAGGUGGUUGGUGCAAAGAAGUCCAAACCCAGUGGAAGCUCUUCCCUAUUUACUCAAAGGUAGACAAACCCCCUUGUUCACACAAUUGUGAAGGAGCUGUUAGAUGUCUGAAAACAUGCUCAAGUUGUCCUAAGAGUAGCUGUUACAGUAUCAAGACUUUAUUUUAGAGCCAGUGAUGUUUUUAUUGUAUGAAAGAAUCCUCUCAUAAAGCAUUAGCCGUGCUUGAUGUAAACGGCACCGUUACUGGAGAGUACCCUCUCACACAGUUCAGCAGAGUUGAUUUGCCAACACUACACAGAGUAGAAGCGGUACUUGAUGAAGAGGGCCGCUUUGAAAUGGAAAUCUCAUUUAAAUUUAAAAUAUGUUUUAUUGUACUGUAUGUAAAACUUUGCUUUUGAUAGUAUCACUGUGCUAUUGUAGCAUUACUAACUGUUUUCGAGAGACCAACUGAAGGAUUUUUCUGGGAAGGAAAGAAAGGGAAGUUAUGACACUGCAGACCCUUCUCACUAUGUCCCAGUGCUAGCAGGAAGGGUAUGGCAGGGGAAGCAUGGAGCAUGUUGCUCAAGGGUUUCCUGACCUUACAAUAAUGGUGCUUGGAAUGGACUGCCAAAUAGAAAUCAGCUUUGGUUUGACUGCUCGUUAGAAAUUUUGUGAAUGCUAGUAUUCAUUGGUUAAAAGUGACUAAAUGGGCCUGAGUUGUGUUGGAAAAGCCUCUUCAGUUGCUGUUGUUAGUGUGUUGGUGACAUAUAAGGUGAUUUUUAUUUUUGAGUUCAAUAGUGUAAUUUUGCUAGGUGUUUCCCCCACUAGAUGGCCCAAGCAUGCCUUUGCGGACCUUAGGGGAACUGAAACUUCCACUUCAUUUCUACAAUGAAUUUCAUUAACUGAAGUUAAAAUCCUAUCUCAUGAAACAUAUGUAAACUUCUGUGAUGCUUUGUGCUUGUUUAAAAUACAAAUGCAUUAUAUCAAGCAAGAGAGUGUUGGUUAAUGUUAGUAGUAUGUGGUAAUGAAUAUUACACCAUGUGUGGCCUUCCAGAUCCCUUCUUUUCUUUGAGUAGAACAUUUCAUACUGAGUGUAGUGCAGUACUCUCAGGAUGUUCAACAGUAUUGGUUCAGAGGCGCUCAAAAGGUGUUGGUAUCAGGCUGCAGUUUGUCCCUAAAAUCUCCUGGGAGCGAGACUUGUAUUUUGCAGUCCAUGAUAACUGAAUUUUUGCUGCUUGAUUUUACUGCAUAGGGGUUUGCUAACAACUUUGCAGUUUAUUUCACCAGUGUAGAUGCAGUCAGUGAGUUCUGAAUAGGUGUAGUUAUUACUUGUAUGCAUUGUAAUUUAAUUCAGCUAUAUUUGUUGACUAACAGGUGUCGAGUGCAAGUUCGUUAUCAAGGCUGCCUUUUUUGGUUAGUGGAGAAAGACAGAUAUACACAGCAGGCAGCUCUUCCCAUGACAGUGGUUGGACGCUGGCAUGAGGUCAAAGAUGUGGCGGGAUUUUUGUUCACAGAGACAUUCAAAACUCAACAGGACUAAGUGCUGCACAGCCUGAGCCUGCUGGGCCAGCUCUGACUGGGAGGUUGAACCAGGUGACCUUGAGAGGUCCCCUCCAGUCUCAAUUGUUCUGUAAUUCUAAAAGGAGACUUGAUUAGUUUCUUUUCUCUACUGGUGUUUAAACCAAAAAUUAAUGCAAGGAAGGUUAAUUGUUGUCUUUCUGAAUUAGUUCUGAACUUCCACAUUUUGCAUUAAUUUCUGCAUUUCCUUUUGCUUCAGAGACCCUUGAUGUGUUGAUAUUAGACUGCUACAAAAAGUGUGUCUGCUUUCUUCCUCCUUAAAUUGCACCCCCUUGCUGCUCUGCCAAAAAAAAAAAAAAAAAAGUGUACCAUACAAAGGGAGUGUCAUCUUCUUUCAUUUCACUGUUGCACUUGCCAAAUGCAUGCUCUGUCCUAUUUUUUUAUCAUUACUUCUAGUGUCUCCCUUUAACAGGAACAAUAGCAUUUCUCUUAUUUCUGUUUCUCUUUCUCUCUUUCACUUUAUGGAAGAGAGUCAGCUGUUGUCCCUUCCUCUGCAUCUGACUCUGUGCUCCUUCUUUCCUUCCCUUUCCCAUUGUCAGUAUUUGUCCUGUCCUGCCACCUUCCUGCUCCUCUUCCCUUUUCUGUCUGGAGACAAAUCAACAUGUUCAUGUGUGCUAGAAGGAUGGACAUAUAUGGAAUAUUACCGUGGUGAAGGGGAUAUUGCUGCCUGCCGUCGGUUCUGUAGACAAAGAAGUAAUGUGCUUCGGUUCAUGGCUCUACUGAGAUGUGUUGUAGUUCUGCAUUUGCAGUAUUUCCCUCUUCCUCUCUAAUUUCUUCCAAGGUCAUUAGCUUUCAGCUUGUUGAGCAAUGUAAUGUGGAUUUUGCCAGCUGAGCCAGGUGCAGAGAACUUUCUAGAUAUGUUUGGUUUGUGAUAGAAGUGUAUGUUUUAGAAAAGAUAUAAAAAAUAAUCCUAUUGGGAUUCCUUUUUGAACUGUUGUACACUAAUUUUGUGUAGGGAAUUGGCUGCGUGGCCUUGAAACUGCUGUUAUUGGUAAUAUAGGCUUAACUUUGCUUGUGACGGGAAACUGAACUGAUGAAAGUAAUUCCAUUCUUAGCAUCCUGGUAGUGGAAAACAUACGUAUAGGACUAAAAUGUUAAUGAUAUAUUUUGGUUGGUGACAUGAGUUAUACUUUAGUUCUAAAUUUUCCUUUUACUGAUUAAUAGCAAGUAUGAAAUAGAGUGGCUUUAAAAAGGCGUUACACCAGGAAAUCUUUGCAACAGAAGUGUACAUAGGUCGACAUAUAGUCAUUUGUCUACAUAUAGUUUUGCAUGCUCUGUAUUACGUGGAACUUUUGAAUGCUGUAAAAGGGAUAUUUAUCUAAAGAUGGUGUGAAAGUUUUUCAUCUAGUCUGUCAGUCACAUCUCAAUCAAAAUGUUGCACUUAACAUGCUUUUAGUAACUGUAGACAGUUGAAGCAGGUACUAAUGUUUGUUUUCAGGCAGAUAUUUUGUGUGUGUCUGAUGCAAGGGGUACAAUAAUAUAUGCCUAUUGCAUCGUUUUGUAGCUAGGAAUACAGAUACUCUGUGUCAGGAUGAACAAAAUGAAGCAAUAGCGAUGGACAAGGUUUCAGAAAGGUGUUGUUUCAUAGCUACUUGAAUGUGUUCAUGUAGUGGUACCUCUUAAAUACAUGUAGGCAUUUGGGAUAAGUGAAUAUAGUGCCUUUGGGUUUGGAUGCAGCCAUGAUGUAGCAUCGUUUGAAAGAUGGACAAAGCUGCUGCGGGUUGCAGUAUCAGAUGUCACUAGUAGAUUUGGGAAAGAAACUUCUAGAAGCUGCACGAGCAGGUCAAGAUGACGAAGUUCGCAUUUUGAUGGCAAAUGGAGCACCUUUUACCACAGACUGGUUGGGAACAUCUCCACUUCAUCUGGCAGCACAGUAUGGGCACUACUCAACAACAGAAGUGUUGCUGCGAGCAGGUGUAAGUCGGGAUGCCAGAACCAAAGUGGACAGAACUCCAUUACAUAUGGCAGCAUCAGAAGGCCAUGCCAGCAUAGUAGAAGUUUUGCUUAAGCAUGGAGCUGAUGUCAAUGCGAAGGACAUGCUCAAAAUGACUGCGCUUCACUGGGCUACUGAACACAACCACCAAGAAGUUGUAGAACUCUUGAUAAAGUACGGAGCAGAUGUUCAUGCUCAGAGUAAAUUUUGCAAAACGGCAUUAGAUAUUGCAGUAGACAAUGGAAAUGAAGACCUUGCAGAAAUAUUACAGAUUGCAAUGCAGAACCAAAUCAAUACGAAUCCAGAGAGUCCAGACACUGUGACGAUACAUGCAGCAACACCACAGUUCAUCAUUGGACCUGGAGGGGUGGUGAACCUAACAGGUCUGGUAUCUUCUGCAAAUACAUCAAAUGGAACAGAUGAAACGGGAGUGUCUGCUGUACAGUUUGGAAAUUCGUCGACGUCAGUAUUAGCCACAUUAGCAGCUUUAGCAGAAGCAUCAGCUCCACUGUCAAAUUCUUCAGAAACACCAGUUGUGGCUACAGAAGAGGUGGUGACUGCAGAAUCUGUGGAUGGUGCUAUUCAGCAAGUUGUCAGUUCUGGAGGUCAGCAAGUUAUUACUAUAGUUACAGAUGGCAUUCAGCUUGGUAACCUGCAUUCAAUUCCAACCAGUGGAAUUGGGCAACCGAUCAUUGUGACCAUGCCAGAUGGACAGCAAGUAUUAACAGUUCCAGCAACAGACAUUGCUGAAGAAACUGUGAUAAGUGAAGAACCACCAGUGAAGAGACAGUGCAUUGAGAUUGUUGAAAAUCGUGUGGAGUCUGCAGAAAUAGAAGAAAGAGAAACUCUUCAGAAACAGCUGGAUGAGGCAAACAGAGAAGCACAAAAAUACCGUCAGCAGCUUCUAAAGAAAGAACAAGAAGCGGAGGCCUAUCGGCAGAAGUUAGAGGCAAUGAACCGCCUCCAGACUAAAGAAGCUGUUUAAUAAAAAAUGAACAUACUGCAAAGCCUGUUACUUUCAAAAACCUGCAGUACAAUCUUGAACUGUACUCUGUAUAAGUACAGACACAGGAUUACAUGAUAGAGAAAGAAGAUGCUUCAAGUUGAUAACUGGACUUAAGCCGUGAGCUCUGAUAAAUUUCUUGUAACAUAAAAACUCUGGAUUUAGAAAUUGUGAAAAGUAUUUAAAAUUAAAUACUGUAAAUAGUUGUUUUUUUUACAGUUUCAAAAUGAGUUGAUAAAUCUUUUUGAAGGGAUCCAGAAACACGAGAAGCCAAUGUUUUUGUGAAAUUUUUGAUUUUAGUAUGAAUCUAACUUCUGAAAAACAGAACAGUUUUAAGGGUGAUGUUGAUUUAAGCUGACAACUUGAAAAUUAAUUAUAUGAUAAAACGAAUUAGCAGUUAUUUCUACACGGUGACAACUUAAACUUCUCUGAAUAAGACAUUUCCAGGUGGAAAUCUUUGUACAGCUUUAAAGAGUUGUCUCAGAUUCUCUGAAAACCAUUUUUGGGUUUUUUUUUAUUUUAGGCGGUGAAAUUUUUAUAUUUAAUUUCAGAUAUAUCCAAGUAGAUUUACAUGUAUAUGAAGCUAAUAUUUUUUAAACUUUUCAGUUUGUACAUAUGCUGCAUGUUUUUAUAAUUUCUACACAUACAUCUUGCAUAGGUAUUUUUCUGCAAAGGUGAGAAAAAUUAUGAGAAAUAUGUUUAGCCUAUAGGUCAUUUGAAGUAAGCUAGCAGCCAGUUUUAUUGUGGAUGGUAUAUUUCUUGGAAGAAUGUAAUUUGUAAUGAAAAAGAACAAAAAAAAUCUUAAUUUACGUAUUGGGGACAACUUAAAAUUUGGUAGUGGAGGCAUUGAAACUUCUUGUGUCUUAUGAUUUUGCUGUACAAACUUUUUAAAGUUCAGUAAUGAAUAGGAAAGAAUGUCUCCACUGGCACACACAUUUUUGGAACACACAUCUUUUACGAUGUUCCUGUUGAUCUCUUUUCCUCAAUAGCCUUGAAACUAUUUCAGUAACACUUUUUUUUUUUUUUAAACAGACUUUUGCAUUUUAAUUAUGCAAUCAGACAAGUAAUUUUUUUUACGUUGUAGUGAUGCUCUUCUUACCUGGCAUCAUUGUUUUUCACUGUGAUACCGUGUUUGUGUGCGUCUGUGCAGUGAUCUAUUAUGCUUAGGAUUUAUAUAGCACGUUACAUCUUCAGAGCAUUGUAAAUUCUUUUAAAGAGCCCUUACUGUACCGCCUGAGGCAGGUAAGUGAGUGUUAUUGUCUCAAUUUUAUAACUGGUGUAAGCGCAACACAGGGAGUAUUAUAUGACUGUCCCAAGACCACAUGAAUCUGUGGCAGACCUGGGAAUAGAUCUCAGGAGUUCUUGGCUUCUGGUCCUGUGCUUAGACUGAGCUGCCUUAAGAUUGUUCAGUGCUGUGUUACAUUAAAUUUUGAACUACUGUGCAGAUUUCUUUUUUUUUUGUAAGAUAAGACUCGUUGUGCUUUGCUUUGUUGUUCCAUGUUUCACUGCUUUUAUUGAAUUGUUUAUAUAAACUUAAACAAAAAGUCUAGUUUACCUAUACUGUACACAGAAGAAUUACCCUUAAAACUGUACUCUGGCCUACUUUUUCUAUUUUACAAUUAAAUAUCUUUUCCACAAAUAUAUAGUGUAGAAUCAAUUCAAUUUCAGUUGUUUUGUGUGCGCAUUAGACGGUCAAAGCUGUGCUGUGUUAGACAUUCAGAAAAAUAGGAAAAGAACAUUUUUAGGCUUAGAAUGGCCUUAAGAGGUAGGAGGGAAGUGUGGGGCA